CCUGGUCCGUCGAAUAGGUGUCUAUGAGUCUUCUGUUGUCGUGGUCUAGAACGUAUGUGUAGAUAACGCUCAGUCUCAUAGCUAUAUAGCAGAAACUGCCGCUCUGCCUACCAAGCUCAACAAAAGGCUUCUUUCAUAAAUCAAGACGAUGGCAUUCAGCUUCGCCCAUUCGGUCUCUCGGCCAUUCCCAUGGCGCUACCUUACUCCCUCGCUCAUAAUUUUCUUCAUUCUUGCCACAGUGUUCUUAUCAUUUUUCACUGCUGUGGUGGAUGGCUACGAACUCCGUCUUACCUAUACUACAAAUCCGAACGGUACCAUGGCGAAGAAGAUGUGGUACGACAAGCCAUUGUUUGCUAUGGUCACAAAGCGUUUUACACAAACAAAUUCGGUUUCCCUUACACUGAACAACAUAGAAACAACCAACCAUACCAUUUUGACAUCUUUGACAUACCACAACAACACUCUGAAGGAUUGCUAUAUCCACAGCAUUAAAAUGAACUUUGAUUCGGAAAGUGAAAGUGCGGGAAUAGAGCCAUUCGCUCCAAAACUACUGGGAGGUGUUACUUGCUCUAUAUCCAACGGACUUAACAACUUUUUAUUCAAUUUGACCGUGGAGUACAACAUAAAUGUCUCACAAUUUUACGAGGGUACAUACGGCAGACAUUUAACACAAGAACAGCAUAAUGAUGUGGGAGUUUACCGCAAGUUUGUUCGUAGUAACAGCCCCGAUGCGGCGAUGUGGUGGGCAGAGUCUCUCAUGGUCGCGUACAGUAUACACGCUUUUUCGUCUCAAACAAAUCUCUCCAACCGCAUGGCAAACUUAACUGCUAUAAAAGUCGGGAAGUCAACGCUGAACUAUCAACCGUCUUCUGUUGUAACAGAUUUAAAGGACGACAGAUUCUUCAACACCAACAUAUGGUUUACCGACAAAGAAAGUAGAUUAUACAUGUGGGAUGAAUGGGCGAAAAGCUCCGAGACUCUAAGCGGACCCGUUUCCAACCUAACCUUGGCAGAAAUGAAAGAAACCGCGAGGGUCAACGACAUGCUAGCCAAGGCCUUCUACAGUACUAUUCUAGUCGACCUAGGAAACAAAGACAAGCCUAACGUUAUAGCCGACGAACAACUGCUACAAAGAUACACGCGCAAAUUAGGUACUUAUGGACCCAGCACGGAGCUUCUUGGUCGCCUGAGCCUGGCAAACGAUAGUUAUAAUGCCCUUAAGCACAUUCGUGGAAGGCCAACCAUCAAGCCGUCAACGAUAUUCUCGGGCUAUCUUUGCCAGAUCCCAACCCGCAAGUCCACAUCCUCAUUCAUGAUCGCGGUUCUUCUCGCCGACCUCGUCAUCCUGCGCGCACUGUGGACCAUCAUCACGUUCACCGCAACCCUGAUAGCAGAGAAGAAAGACCCGCAAGAGAACUGGUGCAUAGGCUGCGCGGCCGCCGCUGCAGCAGCCAACUCAACCCGCUACCCUCUCCCGCUGUACAGCCCACCCUCGCACCAAAUCAACAACACACAACAGCCGGAAAAGCAGCCGCUGCGCUGGUGGAAACGACACGCAAAGCCAUCACAGUCCCGUACCGGGAACAGCGCGACGGAGCACGGCGGCGACAUCCAGCCAUGGGCGUCUGCAAGCGACGAGGGGACACUGGCUCCCACGCCCUUGGCGCGAGCUGCUCGGCUGUUGGUCACGGACGGAAGAGUUGGUGACGGUGGGCUGCGCUUCGUGACGAGGCAUACGUGGUGAUGUGGUUUCACUUUCGUUGGUGGAAUGGUGGCUGGGGGUGAUGAAGGGUUGGUCUAUUUAGAGCAGCGCGUUUGCCCUGUUUCCCCCUCCCAGGCGUUGGUUCGUUCGUUUUUGGCAUGUCUAAGCAGACGUUGUGUGCUUCAGUUAGCCCUCAAUAGGUGUGUAUUUUUCCUAAUAAAGCACUUUAGGCGUUUAGUUAGAUUAGCUGUGAUCGACUUCAGUGAAUAAUUGUUAAGCUUCUCCUCAUGCCCACACUUACAUAUAAGCAUAACAACAGGCCCCUACAUCCGCACAAAGAGCAGUUCAUACAUGCACAAAAAGGAUACAACAAAUUCGCCCUAAUCUCGCUUUACAGAAACCCCCCUCUCUCACCCACCUUAGCCACCACACAACUUACAACCCCCGAACCAAAACAAAACGCAACCAGCGCCCCUCCCCCUCCCCCUCCCCCUCCUCCCACCUCCAC